AUGGAGCGCCGCAACACUCUGCCCUCGGGAAUUGGCGGUAAGUACACAAGCAACGUCGACGACGCGAGCGGCCUCAGGGCCUUCUGCAGUGGGCACCCGCCCAAGCAAUCGUUCCUCGAGUCCGACAGCGCCUUCUACAAGGCCAGGCGUUCAACUCUGGCGGACAACCCAGAGUUGGAUGUCCAGCUGAAGGCCUCCAUGGUACAGUACAAGGCCGAGAGCUUCCUCCCGCUCAACUUCAAGUCAGUCCGUCUCAUCACACAAUAUCUCAACGGAUCGAAGCCUCUGGCUUACAUCCACGUCUUUUCGAGGCUGCUGAUCACUAGCGAAACGAAUGACGUUCGUGCGGGCCUGUUCAUCGCGGCUUUGGAGCGGAUUGGGCUGCACUGCAAGCACCUCGCCGUUCUCGCACCGUUCCACACCGUCGAGUUCAAGGACAUGUCGUAUAACGAAGCUGGCAGACACGGUGACUGGAGGAAGAUCCUGGAGUGUCUCCCCAACAUCCGCAAGAUCACCUUCGAAGACCAGAUCGAGCAGCCGACGCCCCUCAGACAGAGCACUUUCCACUCGCUGGUGUAUGCUCUCCCCAACACCUCGCUCGAGGAGUGUUUCGUCCUUGACUUUGACAUCUCGCCCAGCCUUCUCUUCGGGCUCCACUACGACUUUCACCGCCGAUACCUCCCAACCGCCGCGCCUCUCUCCCUGGGUAAAGUCUUCAAGCCGCUCACCAUGAUCGCCGGCGGUAUCAUCUAUGCAGACGGCACAGAGCCCUUCGGUUUGUCCGACGAUAAUGCUAUCUACGGCAGUGCAGACGACGAUGACCCUUUCUUCGGCAGCGUGAACGACGUUGACACGAUGGGUGGAUAG